AUGUUAUUUUGCCAGAGGCAGCUCAACAGGAGGGGUGACCAUAGAGUGGAUAUCAGCGGCGCUUAUGUCCUUUUGACAGGAGUUGCACAUGACGGCUAUCCCGUCGCCAUCUUCGUUGACCGAUUCUGUACUAGGUCUUACAUUCAGCUGGGUCUUACAUACAGAAAGUCGGGCCAUGAGACCAAUAUUGCCCGGAGGUUCUAUUUCUCGGGCGUGUCCAAUCAGACCAUUUUUCCUUGCCACACUACCGAUAUCGCAUUGCUUUGGGAGGAAGCUUUGGACAACUACAAUGGAGUUGCAAAAAUUGACAUCAGAGCCUUAUUGUCUAACAAGAAGAGCGUGUCGUCUAUCGUGAUGGAACAGCAACACCAGCUGGAAUCAUUUGGGGCCUAUCGUCACGACAAGGGAAAACUUGACAAGCUGCGCAGCUUCAUAUCCUCAAAUGCGGACAUCAUCCAGGGUGCUGCAACCCAGGUCGCCAGCGCUGCCAGCGCUGCCUUUCCUCCGAGCUCGGCCAUUCUGACCGCCUUCACCUGCGUCAUGACAGCUUCGAAACAUGUAACCGAGGACUACGACAUGAUCGAGAGCUUCUUCGACAUCAUGAACACGUUCCUUCUACGCCUAUCUCUACUUGAGAACAAGAUACCGGCACAAGUCGCGUUCCAGAAACACCUCGUAUCCGUUUUCUCCUCGUUGCUCAGUCUCAGCGGCCUCGCCCGAUCGUACUGCAUUGAGCGCAGAUUCCUCAGGUGGGCGAAGGCACUCGUUGAGGGCAAGGAUCCAAAACUCCAAGAUGCCUAUGCCAAACUACACGAGAACCUCGGGAGACUGGAGUCGGCAGUCAUGAUACAGACGCUUAGAACCACUAUAGAGGUCAAGGAAGAAGCCAUAUCAGCCAAUCAGGGCAUCAAAGGACUCCAGACCCAGUCCAAGGAGCUUCAGCUCUCACUCAACAUCAACACUGCCUUCACCGAAAAGACGCUUUCUGUCUCUGUGGAAACCAACUCGGAGGUAAAGCACAUAGUCAAGACCCUGGAAUCGAUGAAGAAGACGCAGUCCAAAGGCAGAGAAGUAAAGGACAGAACUCUGAGAUCCGGGGCUAGUAAACCUGCCAACUUUGAGCGCCUGAAGAAGGAGCUUGGUUGUCCCGCCGAGUCUCGCAUGCUGGAGAGGCAGCACGACCUGGAGAUAUUGUCAGUCAAUGGCAUUUUUGACUGGAUUGAGAAUGAUGAGAGUUUCAAAGACUUCGUCGAUGAAGAUUCGUCCUUCUUACAAGUCGUGGGAGCGUCUGGGAUGGGCAAAUCGACACUGUCAUUCAAAAUCUGCCGGCUCCUGAAAGAUAGAUACCUUCAUGACCCAACAACUUGCGUUGCUUCUUUUUACUUCGACGAGGAAUAUGCUGAGAUGAAGUCAGUCGCCAACAUGAUCCGAUGGUGUGCCAUCGAGGCGGCAAAGAAAGAUACAAACUAUUGCGAGAAGGUUUUGAUGGAGCUUCGGCAGAACACUUACUCUUUGGAGGAUGAUGCGAUCUGGGAGAAACUGAUCACGACCAAGUACGGCAAAGACUCUGACCGGAGACUGAUUCUGAUAUUGGAUGGAAUCGAUGAGAUUGACGAAGAGGAAUCCGUGAAGCUUCUGAAAUGUUUUCACGAGGUCAAAAGCCACGACUUGAACGUCCAAAUCGCCUAUACAACUGACACAAGCAAAGAGUCUGAAUUGGCUUCACUCGAGUCUAAACGUAUUGACCUUGUCAAGAGCAAGGUCGGGCGAGAUAUGCAGAGAUUGGUUUGGCAUCGGACUAGGACCCAGCCGAGACUCCAAAAGUUGCGAGUCGGCCUCCGAAAGUUGAUCAUUCGCAAAGUGACAAAGCAGGCUGACUCAUUCCUGUACAUCGAGCAUACAAUGAGGAGACUGAACUCGCUGGGCCGUGAAGGCCUAAUCCUGAAGGAGCUCGAGCAUCUCCCCAGCGAUAUUGAGUCUCUAUAUGAGACCAUUCUUGCUGAGUGCGCCAAAAAUAGGAAUCCAGAUGAGCGCGAGCUCCUGAAAGGUCUUUUUGCGUGGCUUGCGUACGCCAAGUCCAAGCUGAGAGUUGGAGAGGCCAAUAUCUUGAUUGGAUUAAUGAAGACAGAGAUGUCCAUGAGCAUCGAGGAAGAGCUUGACGGUCGGUUGUCAAGGCUCCUCCGCGUGUCGGGCAACGACGACAAGCAAGUCGGGGAUGACGACUCGAGUGAGAACGAGCUAGACCAAGUGAUCGAAGAGGACAGUGAAAGUGCUAUCCAGAGCGCCAGUGACGCCGACAAUCUCCUUGGAUUCCAAGAACGAUCGCUAAGAGCAUAUUUCAGGCGGCCAAGCGAUGAUCCAGAAGGCUUGAGAUCUACCGCCACACAAGCCCAUGUUACUAUAUUCAGCAUGGUUUCUGCCAUAUUGUCGAAACUGAACAAGGGCGAACCUAGCGCGGCGCAGAGCAGCUUGACAGAUUAUGCUGCCAAAUGGGUCUUCACACAUCUUCUGGAGAUCGGGGUUGAUCAAGUCAAUGACCGACAGGCAGCGGUCGUGCUGGAGAGUUUGUUCAAUAUCCUCAGCAAUAAUAACGAUGCCCUGAAACCAAUAGAGGCGCUCGCCGAGGGCAAUACAACCAUAUUCGAGCUUCAAACCGACCUAGAAGCCGUCCUCGAAGCCUUAACUAGCUGGUCGAAGCGAGCCAUCAGGAUGUCAUCCAACAGCCUCUCAUACGAAGCCAUCAACUUCUACCGCCCGCUUCUGCAGGAACCGUAUCGCGUCUUCAUUCCCAUCGCUCGUGCCCACAUCAACAACUGGUUUGCUGCACGCUGGCAAUCCGACUCAUAUGCCGCAUUUGGCUGCGCACACUCCUCGCUUCAAAAGGGCCAGAAGCUGCCAGAGUUGCGUCAGAACCAGGUCCUGCUUGAAUACUUUCAGGGAUAUGAGAAGAGCGGCGUCAUCAGCCAACAAUCUUUCGAAAUCAUUAGCAAUGUGUUCUGGGAUGUGGCGAAGACCUCUGCUGCGUACGAGGGCAUCGGAAUGGCUAUGAAGUACGUAGAUCUGUACGAGGCUGCCAUCAACCAGCUCGACCUUGGGCUCGGCGACGGGUCGAUUGAUGAUGUGGUGCGGUUCGGUCUCCUUUCGAGCAAAGGAUCCGCUUUCCUUGCCCUGAGCAGCAGUGCUGAGCCAGGGGAAAAGAGGGACCAGCUACUGAGCAAGACCUUGGAGACGUACGAUCUGUCUUUGACGGCUUAUGAAAAAUUUGCCGGAUCGGACAAGGAGAGCACAACUGUCAAGUCGGCAGCCGCGUACAAUUAUGCAACCCGCGCGCAGGCAUUGGCACUUACAGGGCAGAUUGACCUGGCCCUUUGCGACGUUAAGAGCAGCCUGGAUCUCAACCCGCCAAGUUUAACAGUGGAUAUAAUGUUAGAGUUGGUCUCUGCCUGCGUCGCCGCACAUAAGCCAGAACGAGUCAUGAGUAUUCUCCAGGCUGUUCCGCCAGCAUCUCUAGCCGAUUAUCUUCUACUCGGCGAGACCGCAGCCGCGCAGGAAGCGGCGAAACGAUCAGGCGAGGGGCAGGCCUUGCUCGGACUCUACGAAUCGACGGUGAAGUACUUGAAAACCCUUCAGGGGCCGAUAUUGGGCGACUAUAUAGCUGAGCUAAACCUCCAGGCGGCUAUAUUCUCUCGUGAUGCCCUGGGUGAAGAUGGCACGGCCAAAAACUACCUGAAGCAGCUCAUCAAUGACCCGAAAUCCGACGUGUACACGAUACUGAGGUCGUGUGGUCUCCUGUGCGAGCUGCAAAGUGAAGAAUUCCGGCGGUCCAACAACCCCAUUGUCAAGAAGACAGCCCUCGAAGAGACGAAGAACCUACUCACCAAACUGUCCGAGGUGCUCGGGAGCGGCUUCAAGUCGGCUGAGUCCCACGUCUCCUUGGUUCUAGCUGGGAUGCUCCGCAAGCUUGGCUCGGCGCUCGAGUGGCAAGAUCUAAUGCAGGCCAUAUUUCAGAGCUGCGUCAAGGAUCUGAGCGACGACGUCGGCUGGAACGACUCGUGGAGCUUUCGGCGCCUGGCACGUGUUCUCAUGUGGAUCGAAGGGAUGGAGACGCAGGCCCAGAUCGCCAUGACGGCACAAUUAUAUGUCAUCGACGACGAGGUGCGCAAAAGCGAUCUCGCGAAGGAGGCUUUAGUAGAGCAAGCGCCAUCGAAGGUCGAAGAGCAGUCGAAUGGGCAGCAUCCGGACAGUCUACGGGAGCCAUCCGAGGCUGCGACACAGGCGGACGACGGAAGCGACGCCGUCACGAUUGAUUCGGUCUUGGAAACCCAUCUCGCCCCCACCGCAGGGACACCAGAUGUGUUCAAGACGAGCGCUGUCGAGCACGAGCCUAACCAAGCCGCGAGGUCUGGCAGAGACGACAACGCAAUUAAUAAUCCGCAGACGACAACGACAACAACGCCUGCUGCCGAGCCGAAACCGGGCACAAAUGCCGCACCGCCUAUUACCUUAGGCGGAGGUGCUAGUAACGAUGACAGCAGCAACCCCAUGAACGAGGGCCUCGGGGGAAGUGAGGGCUUCUCCUGCAACUAUUGUAGUAAGAACGUGGUUGACUGGGCGCACGGCGGCGCCUACAUGUGCCUCUACUGCGUUGACUGCGAUAUCUGCGAGGAGUGCUUCGACAAGCGGGCCGCGCGCCACAGGGGGGAGUUGGAGGCUGACUGGCGCGUUGUCUGUCCACAGAGCCAUAAGUACAUCCGGGCACCGGUGGAGGGGUGGAGGGGCGUUAAAGAUGGCAGGCUGCGGAUUGGUGGCGACGAGAUUCCUUCCAAGGAAUGGCUGCGGGGCGUGGAGGACCAGUGGAAGGCAUACUGGGACCGAUACUGGAUGGACGAAGAUGCCCAGUCGUAG